AUGGAAAACGUGGAAUGUAAGACACUGAAUCGUGGAGUCUUUCGUGCUGUAGCCGAUGAAACGAGUAUGAGCGACUGUGUAUCACGGUCACUUGUGCUAGGGCUAGGGAAAAUGGGCUACUGUAAGAUGCAAGUUUGGGUAUCAAAACUCUUAAUAGUGACAACUAAUGUUGCUGCUAAGUGA